UUCGCAAGUAAAUAGAAAAAAUGUAAUUGUGCAAAUAAGAGCAACAGAAACCAAACAAAUUGAUAAGGGAAUUGAAAGGAAUUCUGUGCGAAACUGACCGGUGUGUUGGUUUUGUGUAUGAAAGCAUUGUCUAUGUUAUCUUAUCUCGGCUGCUGAUAGCAAAUUAUCCGACCAGCACCAAGCAAAUUAGCAGUAUGUUGUUAGUAGUAAACGGAAGGCCCUCGGAAACGGAAGCGCAAUAGCGAACGAAACACAGGUCUGCGACAACCAUGGCCACCAAUUCCAGGGUUCUCUCUAUUCAAAGUCACGUUGUACACGGAUACGUCGGGAAUAAGAGUGCCGUAUUUCCUUUGCAGGUGCUGGGGUUCGAGGUCGAUCAAGUGAAUUCUGUACAGUUUUCGAAUCAUACUGGCUACAAGAAUGGAUUUAAGGGGCAGGUGUUGAACGAAAAAGAAUUGGCCGACGUGUUUUCCGGUUUGGUAGACAAUGAUUUGCAUAAACUCUACACCCAUCUGCUCACUGGAUACGUGGGCAAUCCGACAUUCCUGCGCGAAAUAGCAAACAUACUUAAAUCACUGCGAGCCGUCAACGCAAAACUUGUCUACGUAUGCGAUCCAGUCAUGGGCGAUGAGGGUGUAAUGUACGUGCCGAAGGAGUUGCUUCCAAUUUAUCGAGACGAAAUUGUCCCCUUGGCUGAUAUCAUCACACCGAACCAGUACGAGGUGGAACUGCUGACCGGAAAGCAGAUAAAAACGGAAGACGAUGUCUGGGAAGCUGUAAAGUGGUUCCACGACAAAGGCGUCCGCACAGUGGCCAUUUCUUCAUCCGAGCUUGGCUCCAAGGAUACGCUGAUGGCUUUUGUGAGCCAUUGCGCCGCUGCCGGAAUUGAGCGGUACCGCUUGGCCAUCCCGAAACAAGGAAAUAACAUUAUUCGUUUCACCGGCACCGGUGAUCUUUUCGCUUCACUUUUCUUGGCCCACGCCACACUGACCAAAUUUGACAUGGGCACCACUCUAGAAAGGGCUAUCGCCACAUUGCAAGCGGUCAUUACGAAGACGUUAAGCUACAUUCCGGAUCAGGUAAUGGAGGGGAAGGUUCCAGUAACGUCUCAGCAACGAGAACUUAAAAUAAUCCAAAGCAAGUCCGAUAUCGAACAACCAAAGAUUAAGCUGCGAAGCGAAAAAGUUUAACAACUCAGGCCAUUGAAUAAUUUUAUCGAUGUAACGAGACGCAACAAAAAAAAUAUUGUUUUUAUGUUGUAAAUGAUGUUAUUUUAAAGUCGGUGAAACUAUGUUGAGAAAUGAAUUCAAUAGAAUUGCAUAACUGUA